UAAAAAUGAGGGAAAUCGUGCACAUCCAGGCCGGUCAGUGUGGCAAUCAGAUCGGUGCCAAGUUCUGGGAGGUGAUCAGUGAUGAACAUGGCAUCGACCCCACCGGCACCUAUCAUGGGGAUAGCGACCUGCAGCUGGACCGCAUCUCCGUGUACUACAAUGAAGCCACAGGUGGCAAAUAUGUUCCUCGUGCUAUCUUGGUGGAUCUAGAACCCGGGACCAUGGACUCUGUUCGCUCAGGGCCUUUUGGUCAGAUCUUCAGACCAGACAACUUUGUUUUUGGUCAGUCUGGGGCAGGCAACAACUGGGCCAAGGGCCACUAUACAGAGGGGGCCGAGCUGGUCGACUCGGUCCUGGAUGUGGUUCGGAAGGAGGCCGAGAGCUGUGACUGCCUGCAGGGCUUCCAGCUGACCCACUCGCUGGGCGGGGGCACGGGCUCUGGAAUGGGCACCUUGCUCAUCAGCAAGAUCCGUGAAGAGUAUCCUGACCGCAUCAUGAACACCUUCAGUGUGGUGCCCUCACCCAAAGUGUCCGACACCGUGGUGGAGCCCUACAACGCCACCCUGUCCGUCCAUCAGCUGGUGGAGAACACUGAUGAGACCUACUGCAUUGACAACGAGGCCCUUUACGACAUCUGCUUCCGCACCCUCAAGCUGACCACGCCAACCUACGGGGACCUGAACCACCUCGUCUCGGCCACCAUGAGUGGUGUCACCACCUGCCUCCGCUUCCCUGGCCAGCUCAAUGCUGACCUCCGCAAGCUGGCAGUCAACAUGGUGCCCUUCCCACGUCUCCACUUUUUCAUGCCUGGCUUUGCUCCUCUAACCAGCCGUGGAAGCCAGCAGUAUCGGGCCCUCACUGUGCCGGAGCUCACCCAGCAGGUCUUCGAUGCCAAGAACAUGAUGGCUGCCUGUGACCCCCGCCAUGGCCGGUACCUCACCGUGGCUGCUGUCUUCCGUGGGCGGAUGUCCAUGAAGGAGGUCGAUGAGCAGAUGCUCAACGUGCAGAACAAGAACAGCAGCUACUUCGUGGAAUGGAUCCCCAACAAUGUCAAGACGGCCGUCUGCGACAUCCCACCCCGUGGCCUCAAGAUGGCGGUCACCUUCAUUGGAAACAGCACAGCCAUCCAGGAGCUGUUCAAGCGCAUCUCAGAGCAGUUCACUGCCAUGUUCCGCCGGAAGGCCUUCCUCCACUGGUACACAGGUGAAGGCAUGGACGAGAUGGAGUUCACCGAGGCUGAGAGCAACAUGAACGACCUCGUCUCCGAGUACCAGCAGUACCAGGAUGCCACCGCAGAAGAGGAGGAGGAUUUCGGUGAGGAGGCCGAAGAGGAAGCCUAAGGCCGAGUGCCUACCACCUCAGGCUUCUCAGUCCCCUCUGCCUUCUUCCUCAGCCGCCCCUUUCCUCUCCCUCAGAAUUUGCGUUUUCUGCCUAUCUUUUUUUUUCUUUUUUGGGGGGGGGUUCUAGAACAGUGCCUGGCACAUAAUAGGCGCUCAAUAAAUAUCUGUUGUUUGUUGAA